AUGAAUCUCCUCGGCAAGGUGCUCACAGAUAAGACUUUUAAGGAAAGGCACGAAAUAGUCUCAUGGUUAACACUGUCGUACCUUCUAAACAUCGGCCUGUUGACAUUGCAGAUUGUUGGACUGAUGCAUUACAUGUAUAUGUGCCAACAGUGGUGCCUGUACCUUAUCAUUCUUGACGCGGUUUGCCUGUUCAAGUGGAUAGUAUCGAGCUUGCCCAAAAUGGUGGGACACAAAGGCUCGAGCUGCUGGGUGGUCUACACGAGAAUAUUCACAAUAAAGUCGUUCGUGAUCUUCUUCUGGGUUUUGCCAGAAAGACCGCGCUCCAAGGGAGUGCUAAUAAAGUCGGUCGGUGGGUCGUCAAUAGAGAUUAUGCUACUGCUAUUCAUAACCCCGACACUGUACGCAAUUUUGGCAUUUAACACAGGAGUGCACCUCUACGGAGGAUUGAACAUGAUUUCGUCAGAAAGACUUAUCCACAGCGACAUGAUCAUCCACGUAGUGUUCGACUUCCUGGACAUAAUUGACAUAUUCCACAAGUUCUCAAUUGAUUACAACUCAAUGAUAAACACGUUUUACUUCUACAAAAUAUUCUGCGGAGUGUUUCUAGCGACGCCAAUAUUUUUGCACGGAUACAGUUUCCCGUGUAUGAGUGGAGCGUCGAAAGCUAAAACUAAUAAAAACUCGAAGACGAGCACUGCAAAUGACAUAUACUUUUGUCGGAAGUUUGCAGCAAUAGUUGGAAUAUUCUUUGUGGAUCUGCCGUUUUUGUUUAUAAGGAUAUACUCGUGGCAGUCGAGAGUACACUAUUCAGCAUUUGGACCCUUUAUGCUGAAAAAUCUGUGCUUCCUGCUGCUCCAAAUAACACGAAUAAGACAGACCUCAACAGCAAUUAGAUCACUUGAGACUUCUGGAAAUUUAAACAAGAGUACUUUGAGUGAGACGCCUCAAGACCUUACGGUUUCGGACAUAAAUAACCAAACUGCCAAGAUCAUAGUGAAGAAGUAUGUGGAUGAAAUAAAGUCAGUAAAGCUAACUGAGAUACUGCUAAAGAUGCUUUUCAUGGUCAAUGUUGACAUUAAAAGUGAACUGACGCACUACCUCGACAAUAAUCUAUCGUUUUCAAACUGGUCAAACACUCUGUUGUCGCUUCCAGUGUUUAUAUUCUCAGCAUCUAAGUUCAUACUAACGUUCAUAUUGGUUAAAAUAGUGCAGAAGGACUACAUUUCUUAUGGGAUCGAAUUGCUGAGGUUUGAGAACCUGCAAUCAGUGUUCACUUCGUCAAGCCACAAGCUCUUUUUUACAUGCUUUGAGGUCUUGAUGGCAUCGUGCAUACUCAUAUUCCUCAUAUGGUCCAUCAUGGGACCGAUGAUAGAAGCGCUUUUGCUUUCAGUAUCAAUAUUCAUAAGGCUGAGUUCUUUCGUAUACUCAUUAAUGGUGGUAUGCUUCUACAUUGACUCGUUCAAGCUGCUGGAGAUGUUGGCCUCAAAUUCACUAGGGAAGCCAAUAUAUUACAUAUUUGUAAUAUUUUCAUUUAAACCGUUCGUCGAUUUGUUGAUUAACCUGUACCCAUUGCUGUGCGUAUUUCUGGGCAAGAAGAACAUAUACUACAUAAACCCAUCCACAUUUAACCACAAUAAACUCAAGUUGCACGAAAACAUACUGUUUAAGAAGAACGUUCAGGACAUGUCACAGUCCUAUUCUAGUUACACUCUGCUAGUCGGACCAAACUUAAUAAAGGCUUCGAGGCUUCACUAUGGUCUGUUUUACUAUCACAGGAGGAGGCUUGUAACAACAAUCUUCGUUAGAUUGUUCUGCCUCUUGUUGACGUUUACCCGGGGAGGAAGCCUUAAGUUGAUCUCCACCCUAUUCCUGGUAGAUAUAGCGUUGAUGGUUUUUUACACACUGUACACGUGUGUGCAGAGAAUAAUCGCAAUGGAGGCAAUGGAGGUGCAGAUUAUCGCAAACGACAUUAUAAACGAACAGAACAAGGACGAAUUCACUAAAAUUAUGAAUUUUAGCAACGUACACCGCCUGUCAAAAGACAAUAAGAUAUAUAGGAAGUUCAAGAGGCACUACGAGAUGUGCCUACCAAACUCCCUAUUUUCACUGCUUUAA